AUGUCUCUUCCUAAGGAUGCCGUUUCACCUACUACGUUAUCACCCAGAGUUGCUAGUUUAUCUAUCUCUCCUACGGAGCAUGAUACCAGCGGCCAACCACCUCCCAGAAGCAGCCAUGGGAUGCUACAAGAUGAAGCGGUUGAGGAUGACAGUGGGCAUGUCUCCCAGAAUGAAAUUGUAGAAGAUACACCUAUACCGGUCCAUCCUCCGUUCAAACCUUUCUUUACGGUUAUAGGAGAUGCAACUUCGUCGGAAUACUUUCAUCCAACAGUCCACUACAUAUUUUCCGACGAUGAUACGAGCAUCAUAACCGAAGCAGCGCUUCAGUCUCUAGAAAUAAAUAAGCAAAAGCCACCAUCAUGGAGUACAGAAUCGAUUUCCCAGAAAGAAAAGAAGAAAGGAGAGUCUACUCCGAAGGCUAAGGCCGCAGCGGAACAAUUCAUCAUUCUGGACGUGGAACCUACAAAUACAAAUGACACCAGCGGUGCUGCUGAUGCGGCUACUACCGAUGCGCAAGAGACAUCCGCUCGUCCCAAUCUUACUCCUCAAAGUUUAUCACCCGCCUGGCAAGUGAUCAAUACAUCUCUUUCUCCGGCUCCGAAUUUUGAUUCGGCUUCCAACAGCCCUACAUCGACAGAUCGCGAUAACAACGCAGUGCUUAUGAUUGAAGGAACUUCUGGAUUUGCUUCUGACAGCUCUGCCACACGGCACCAGACUCAGCAGGCAUCGGGACAGACUCUGGAGGAAAUGAUGGAUCAGUUUGCCAAGCGUAUGGAGGAACUGAAGAAAGUUGUUGAAGCAAGUGGAGACCAGCCGUUUGUACAGAUGACAGGACAUGCGGAAAACCAAGGAGAGUCCCCUCAGACGGAAGAACAAAGUCAAAAGUAA